CAGCCUUGAGUAGUGCUUGGCUGUGCUUCUCCUGAGUGCUUCCUGGGAAAACGAUAAUGAUCACAUUCAUGACUAACUCUGACAGUGAGGAGGAGCCCUGCAAUGAGAGAACAUCCCUGAUGUCUGCAGAGAGCCCUCCAAUACCCUCCUACCAGGAUGGCCUGCAAGCCUCAGGAGCUGGGGAAUCCCAGGUACAUAGGAAGAGGCGAACAGGUGGCAGCCAUAGCCCUAACAAUGCUGCUGAUGGAGAUGUGUCUGGUUCAGGUGUUCCAAUGAGAGAAAGCACCUUGGAAAAUGAAGAGGAGGAACUGACUCUGAAAUAUGGAGCAAAGCAUGUAAUCAUGCUCUUUGUGCCUGUCACCCUUUGUAUGAUUGUUGUCGUCGCCACCAUAAAGUCAGUGCGCUUCUAUACGGAGAAAAACGGGCAGCUGAUCUACACCCCUUUCAGCGAGGAUACCCCAUCUGUGGGCCAGCGUCUCUUGAACUCAGUGUUGAACACUGUUAUAAUGAUCAGCGUCAUUGUUGUAAUGACUGUGUUCCUAGUUCUGCUCUACAAAUAUCGCUGCUACAAGUUCAUCCAUGGCUGGCUGAUCCUGUCAUCUUUGAUGCUGCUCUUCCUCUUUACCUACAUUUAUCUAGGUGAAGUAUUGAAGACGUACAAUGUGGCCAUGGAUUACCCAACUCUGUUCUUAAUCAUCUGGAAUUUUGGAGCAGUUGGAAUGAUUUGCAUACACUGGAAAGGUCCUUUGCAGCUCCAGCAAGCAUAUCUCAUUAUGAUCAGUGCUCUAAUGGCACUGGUUUUCAUUAAAUAUCUACCUGAGUGGUCAGCGUGGGUGAUUCUAGGUGCAAUCUCCAUCUAUGAUCUGAUGGCUGUUCUCUGUCCAAAGGGGCCACUGAGAAUGCUGGUAGAAACUGCACAGGAGAGAAAUGAGCCCAUUUUUCCUGCAUUAAUAUAUUCCUCUGCUAUGAUGUGGACAGUUGGAAUGGCAAAGCCAGACACAGCAGUAAGUGAACCAGGUCAGUAGACAUGGGAUGCAUGCUUGCUUGCAUCUGAGGAUGGAAGAGGGAACCACAGGAGCCCUUCACAUGCAGAUUCGCACAUAUUGGAGACAAGGAGUCCUGUUCCAACCCGCUCCAUCACUUCUUUCGAGGAGCUCGAGGAGGAGGAAAGGGGUGUGAAGCUGGGCCUUGGAGACUUCAUAUUUUACAGUGUGCUCGUUGGAAAAGCAGCUGCCACAGCUAGUGGAGACUGGAACACUACGCUGGCCUGCUUUGUAGCCAUUCUUAUAGGAUUAUGCUUAACUCUUUUAUUACUGGCUGUUUUUAAGAAAGCACUGCCUGCCCUUCCCAUCUCCAUCACCUUUGGCUUGGUCUUCUACUUCUCAACAGACAACCUUGUGCAACCAUUCAUGGACAUCCUGGCCUACCACCAGCUGUAUAUUUAG